UUUUUUGACUAAGAUCAUUUACAAGCAUAAAAAAGAUUUUCAUGUUUGCCGCACGACAAAACAAGAAUUUUCUCGAAAAGAAAGAUGUCAGGUGAUAAUGGUCCGAAGUAUACGUUCCAGUUUUUGGAUGGAAGAAAAUUUCCCUCUUUCGAUACGAAAGAGAACAAAGAAUUCUUCUUGAAAUGGUCUAUGAAAGGGAGACUGUGUGUGCAGAUGUUCAGCUUUGACCAGCCAUUUCAACCCUACCAAAAAGAUGACUUUGCUAAGGAUUUUAUGAAAGAUCCAAAUGUGAUUUCCAAUUUACGGAUGAUAUCAGGAGACAAAUGGACAGUAGUUGGCAUUCCAGCUACAAGUGUCACUGCUGAACCUGUGCCCUGUUCUGUCUUGUCCAUGACUUUCUUUGACAGACUGACAGAGAACAAUGUCGUCAGAGAGUCCGGGCAUAUCAGUAAAUGUUUUGAUGAGUUCUGUGGAGAGUUCACAAUCUCAGAUGAGUUGAGAAAAAUGCUGCUGAUUGAUGACUCUGACAACUACUGCUUGUAUAGUGAUUCAGAGAGGGAUGAGUUUUUGUUUCGAAUCUUUUUCCACAUUUGUCUGGGUGGCCGCUUCAACCAGUAUGAAGAUGAAAUACAGCCCUAUCUAGAUGUCACCAAACAGGUCUACAAAGAUCUCAUCAGUGUUCAGAAAAAUCCAGAAACUAAAGAACUUAAUAUUGUAUCCUGUGUGUUCAAGCUCACUGCAAAAGAUGGAGACAGUAUGUUUUAUCCAGCCAAGAUGGAACAUGAAAACACAUUCUCUUAUCUUGUGGUGGACCCUAUUAAAAGGACUGCAACUGUGUUUUAUCAUAAUUUUGGUGCAAGUGAAUUUGAGUGAUACAUUAUACAUGUACCGGAAUUUAGGAAUUGAUUACCGUACAACAGAUAUGAUGCAGAUGUUGCCCAAUCUAAGCAAUAUGGAGAUUCUUCAUUUUCGUGUCUCAAGGAAAAAUGUUCAGAUUUCAGGGCCAAAAAAUCAUGAAAAUUUACAUAUUAACAGCUAGACAAAGACUCGCAAAAUACAGCUUUGUAUUUAUUUUCUCAAUUGCAAUAUUCUGUUUAAUUCAGUGAUGAAGGAAUAAAAUAAAAGAAAUGACAGAUUUG